AUGAAGCAAUAUUUGAACUAUUACAAGAUGAGGCUGAGAACAUCGAGGUUGGGUUAUCUGUUAAUUCAGUUCACGGCGCUUUGCUUUUACGCACAGAACACUGAGCAGUCUCCUCCUAAUUUCAAGCACCAUGUCACGGAGCAGAGCCGGCUGUCGGACCGAAUGAGCCGCAGGUUGACACGAACCUACCAGCUGUACAGCCGCACCAGCGGGAAACACGUCCAGGUGCUGGCCAACAAGAGGGUCAACGCCAACGGAGACGAUGGAGCAGUGCACGCUAAACUGGAGGUGGAGACGGACUCUUUUGGAAGCCGUAUUCGUAUUAAAGGGGUGAAGACGGGAUACUACAUAUGUAUGAACAAGAGGGGAAAGCUGAUCGGCAAGAGGAAAGGACGAGGCAAAGACUGCAUCUUCACUGAGAUCGUUCUGGAAAACAACUACACGGCACUCCAGAACGCCAAGUACGAGGGCUGGUACAUGGCUUUCACACGUAAGGGCCGUCCAAGGAAGGCCUCCAAGACCAAGCAGCACCAGAGGGAGGCCCACUUCAUGAAGCGGCUACCCAGGGGGCACUUGCUGAGCGAGAGGAGGCCGUUUGAGGUCCUUCCUCUCGCCGUCCCUGCACAUCCUUUAGGAAAACGGACUAAACAUUCCCAUCACCAGCGCUCAGGGGGCCGCUGAGGACUGCAACCACAGAGGAAGAACUGUGGACAAACUAGCACACAAGAACCACUACAAGAGAAAUUAACUGUAACAGUCAA